AUGAAAUUUAAGUAUAAGCUUGCAAAGUUAAGUUGUUUGCAAAGAAAAAGCUUAGAAAGGGUGUCUGCUAGAGUUUGGUGUUGCUGCGAAUUUGAGGACUCGCAUCUCCCUAUAUAUUUCAGUUCAUUAAGGUGCACAAAAAUCACAUAUAUUCUAUCUAAACAAGUCAACAUGUCCAUGGCAUCUUCAUCAUCAUCUCCUUCUGUUCCGGCCUUUCCUUCUCAAUCCUGGAAGUACCAUGUUUUUCUUAGUUUUAGAGGAGAAGAUACUCGUAAGACUUUUGUGGAUCAUCUCUACACAACUCUCCUACAACAAGGGAUCUACACGUACAAAGAUGAUGAAACACUUCCUCGGGGAGACUCAAUAGGUCCAUCUCUUAUCACGGCUAUUGAAGAAUCACAGAUUGCUGUCAUCGUAUUCUCUAAAAACUAUGCAGAUUCUUCAUGGUGCUUAGAUGAACUUGUACAUAUCAUUAAAUGCAAGGAUGCGAGAGGCCAAAUCGUGAUGCCCAUAUUUUAUAACGUUGAUCCUUCCGAAGUUCGAAAACAAAAACGCAAAUACGGAGAAGCAUUUGCGAAACAUGAGUUGGAGAACAAGGCCAAGGUUGAAUCUUGGAGAAAAGCACUUGUGGAUGCAAGUAACAUUUCUGGAUGGGAAACCGAGCACGUUGCCAAUGGGCAUGAGUCGAAGUGUAUUAAAAAAAUUGUUGACACAAUUUCACAUAGGGUGCAUCCAAUAACUUCAACUUUGGAUGACAACCUUGUCGGAGUAGAGGCUCGUAUGCAACAUUUGAUACCAAAGUUACAGAUUGGUCUUGGCGGUAAGAGGAUGAUUGGAAUAUGGGGGGUCGGGGGCAGUGGUAAGACUACUCUUGCCUCUUCUAUUUAUGAUGAAAUCUUUAGCAAGUUUGAUGGUUGCUGCUUUCUAAAAAAUAUUCGGGAGGAAUCAAGUAAUAAAGAGGGUUUGGAAAGAUUGCAAGAAAAGAUUCUUUGUAAUGUUUUGAAACAAAAGAAACUGCAUGUAGAGAGAGUUGAAGAAGGAAGGCGCAUGAUAAAAGAUAGGUUACACCAUAGAAAGGUGUUGAUUGUCCUUGAUGAUGUCGACAACCUUGAGCACCUGGAAGAGUUAGUUGGAUCACGUGACUGGUUUGGUGAAGGAAGCCGAAUAAUAAUCACAACUAGAGAUGAACAUGUAUUAACCGGACAUAAAGUAGAUGUGAUACACAAAAUUAGUUUGUUAAACAACGAUGAGUCUAUGAAGCUCUUUUACAAGCAUGCACCUUGUGGUCACAAACCUGUAGAAGAUUAUGAGCUUCUUUCAAAAAAUGUGGUUUCUUAUGCUGGUGGGCUCCCUUUAGCACUUAGAGUUCUCGGUCGUUUUCUAUGUGACAAAGAGAUGAAUGAGUGGAGGAGUGCCUUGGAUAGAUUGAAAGAAAUUCCAGAUGCUAAUAUCUUGGAAAAGCUAAAAAUCAGUUUUGAUGGACUUAAGACUGUGGAGAAACAGCUGUUCCUUGAUAUUGCAUGUUUCUUCAGAGGGCGGUAUAAAGAGGAAGAAGAGAUAAUGAUGAUACUCGAUGCUUGCGGAUAUCACCCUGUUAUCGGCAUAAAAGUUUUGGUACAAAAGGCUCUCAUAAGUAUUACAGAAUAUGGAAAGUUUGAAUUGCAUGAUUUGGUAGAAGAAAUGGCACACUACAUUGUUAGAGGGGAACAAUCUAACAAUCCUGACAUGCAUAGUAGAAUCUGGAAGGGGGAAGAUGUUCUAAACAUAUGUGCUAUGGAUGCAACAACGAACCUUGACAAGGUUGAAGCUAUACAUGUUGAGCUUUCCAAGAGUCACGAACAACAACGAGUUCUUCAGGUCGCUGCAAACAUGAAGAAACUACGGUGGAUUGAUUUGAACCUUUAUCUGGCAAAAGCUGAAUUGGUUAUAAUGCCAGAAAAUUUUCCAGCAAGGGAGCUUUGUUGUGUAACAUUGAGGUGGCUCAAAGCAAAACAACUUUGGGAGGGUUGCAAGUUUCUACCAAACUUGAGAAUGAUCAAACUUGAUUACUUGACGAACCUAAUAAUGACACCAGAUUUUGACGGGCUCCCUAACCUUGAAAGAUUCAUAGUUGAAGGAUCUUCUUGUUUAGAAGAGAUUCAUCCAUCAUUUGGACAUUUGGAAAAGCUUGUUUACGUGGCUAUACGUUUGUGUUCGAGUCUUAAGAUGGUUCCACACAUUACCCGGUCAAAGAGACUGGAGACUCUUGUACUCUCAAACUGCGGUUCAUUCAAUAAUUUUCUACCUCACAACGUGAACCACAUAGGGGUAUGGUUUUUUAGUGGAUGCUUAAGAAAGCUGGAUCUCAGCUUUUGCAAGUUGGGAGAUGGAGACAUAAGAUCUGCUGCUGGUUGGGAGUUACCUAACUUGAAAGAACUCAAUCUAAUAGGAAAUCGUUUUGUAAGGUUGGAUUUUAGUCUCUUGCGACUUCCUCGGCUCAAAUGGCUCGAUGUGUCAUACUGCAAUGACCUUGUAAAAUUGUCGGAGCUGCCACCAAGUAUAGCUGUUGUUAUAGCGGAUUGGUGUGACUCACUUGAAAGCUUUGGAUAUAUUUCUAACUGUAAAUGGUUGUGGAAAGUCUCGCUUUUUCGGAAGAACAAACUCGGUCCACUUGGUGGUGACAUUUUACUAAACUCCAUGCUCCAGGGAAAUGCCAAAGAUUACUUUAUCAGUAUCAACCUUUCAAGCAUUGACAUUUGGGGUGGGCCAUCUGCACUUUGGGUCGACUUGGUGAAGACUUAUAAUAUGCCUCUUCCACAUGAUUGGUUCAAUCACUUUUCUGGGAUUUUGAUGUUCUUCCAAAACAACAAGAAAUUUGCUACCGUCCCUAACAUAACCAUCAAGCUGGGUGUACACAACAUUGUUCAAUGUGAGCUUGGUCAGAAGUCCAAUGAAACACUCACAACUCAUAAUCCUGACACAUAUGCAGGAUAUGUUUCGUUUAGUUCAUUGAGGCACACCGGAUACAAUUUCAUUUCGUUUUCCUACGAUGAGGAUUUGUAUGGAGAUGGGCGUUGGUUUAGAGCUGUACUCAUUCCUAGAGGUGGUCCGAUGCAAACAACAAAAGUCACAACAGAUUCUUCUGAAUUUUGGGAUGAUAACAGAAAGACAUUUAUCGUAAAUAAUGAUUCAAACUCCUCUAUCAAGAUUUUAUGGAAAACAUAAGUUGCUAAGCAUAUUUCCACCACCGGUUUUCCCCUCAACAUAAUCAUUUGAGUCACCAUAAAAUGAUCUGUUGUAUCAUUUUCCUUUCAUGAAUUGGUUGCUGCCAACCUAAGUUUAUGCUAAGAGAUAUACUCAAGAGUCACUUUUGUCUCAAAUUCUUAGUUGUUUGUUUAUUGGUCAUGG